AUGCGGCUCCUGUUCCUGUGCGCGUUGAUCGCCGUCGCCUCCGCCUCCAUCUACCAUCAUCAUCACAAUCGACGGCGCAGUUUUCAGAGACAUGUGAGUACUGUAGGCUUCUUCCUGAGCUGUAAGAUUCACAUAUCUGUUUGUUAAAGUCGAUGUAUCUUAAAAAUCUUAAAUUGAACCUUUUUAUUUCAUCAUAUCACAAGAUCAGAUCAUCCACCAAACGAACUAACAAAGCUAGGAUGAUUCUAGUUGGAUCAAUGAGCUUAUCGGCUCCCAGACUUUUCAGCCCCGAAUAUCAUAGAGUCUUGCAGCGAGUCCGUUCCCCGGCCGCUCGGAUCCACGUGAGAUCAGAGCGCAAGUCGGAAGAGUGCCAGAAGCACGAGCAUCAUCUGAUUUGCGGACCCGAACGACACUGCGACAAGACUUGUGACAACAUGUUCAGGUGUGUCUGAGCAAACUCAAAUGAGCCGAAGAAUUUGAUAAUAGGAAGAGAGUCAGCACAACGGGUCGCGUUGAUCACUUAGAUUACGGGCAGGGAAUUUCAGGAAUUUUGCAACAUUUUGAGAGAUUCCAAAGAUUAUAUCUCAGUUACGUGUUGAGCUAUAAAAAAGUGGUCAACUGAGAAAAUGUACACAAUUUUCCAACAAACAAUUCCCUAGUUGACAAUUUUUUGGAAUCUUCCCCGCCAGCUGAGAUAUUCGCUCUUAAAGAGUGUUGUUUCUGUUCUGCACUGAAUACAGAGCCAAUUCUACAGUAAUCCCAAUUCCAGCCCUCCCCAAUGCGUGAACACCCUCCAUCACGCCAAGUGCUACUUCCCCCGAUGCGUGUGCAAUGACGGCUACGUUCGGGACGAGCACGGUCUCUGCAUCCGACCCUCGCAUUGUCCGAACACCUACUACGAGCCGGCGUCGAUGCUCGUCGAGGGCAAUCAGGUGAGCAUUCUACCGUAUGCCCGGCCGUUUCUACGUCAAGUGGUCAAGAACCAAAAGGUGUCAAAACAGAGCUCGUCGCGUCCCCAUUAAAAUUACCAUAAAAUUUUACUGCGAAUUGCCAUCUUUUGGGCUCUUUUUAUCGGUCUUCGCUUUACGAGGUGAUUCGAAAAUUGAUGGUGUUUGCACACAGAACACUUCAUUCGACGGGCGACUUGCAUUUCGAAAUCCGAUUGCGAACUUUUUGACUUGCACGUGCCGAACAUAAUCAGCCGAGCACCAUAUAUAUAAGCGCCUUAAGGGUGUUAAAUAACCUUUGAAUGUUCCGGAACUCUUUUGUCUCUCUAAAACGCUAAAAAUUGACAGGACAACGACAUGAUGAUCCAGUUCGAACCGGUCAAGUUCUCGCGGAUCGGCAACCAUCGAGUGCUGAGAAUCUCGCGCAAAUCGCCUCGCGAAUAUCAGCCAUCCAACCUGAGCAUUCGGAUUUAG